AUGAGUACAUCUUCGACUGCUGCUCACAAACAACGCGACUAUUACGAAGUUUUGGGACUUACCAAAGAAGCCACGAAAGAAGAAAUCCGAAAAGCCUACCGAAAACAAGCAUUAAUAUGGCAUCCCGAUAGAAAUAUUGAUAAUGUGGAGGAGGCUACUCAUCGCUUCAAAGAAAUUCAAGACGCCUAUGAAAUUUUAUUUGAUGAUCAGGAACGUGCGUGGUAUGAUGAGAAUAAACAUAUUAUUCUGAGUCGCGGAAUGGCUGCAGCUCGAUAUGGAGGCGAUGAUGAAAUGAAGGAACCCGAACAACAAAAUUUGUGGAGUUUUCUAUCAUCAUCAAGCUAUACUACUUUUAAGAGCAAAGAUAAGAACAACUUUUUCGAGAUUUAUCAACGAGUAUUUGAUACCAUUUUGAAAGAAGAUGAGGAAUAUAAAUCAGCUAAAGCUCCUUCAGCAUCUAAUUUGAAGAGUCCUUCAUUCGGAGAUGAAAAUACACCAUACGAACAAGUGGCCAAGUUUUAUACAUUUUGGUCAACGUAUAAUUCAAAACGAUCGUUUGCUUGGAAAGACAAAUGGAGAUUAUCAGAAGCUGAGAAUAGAUUUGUGAAGAGACAAAUGGAAAAAGAGAAUGAAACGGAAAGAAACAAGGCACGAAAAGAGUAUAACGACCUUGUUAAACACUUGCUCAAGAAGGUUAAGGCAGAUGACCCUCGAGUAAAAGAGGAAAUGAAGAGAAGGAAAAAGAUUCAGGAUGAACUUGAUAAAAAGAAGGAAGAAUCUAAAUUGCUUCAGGAACAAUUGAAAAAAGAAUAUCUGCAAGAGAAGGAACGAUUACGUCAACAAUUAUUGAGUGGCGAAAUUUCUGAUGACGACGUGCUUAAUGAAGAAUUUUCUGAUGAGGAAGAAUUCAAUCAAAUACAUGAUGCACUCGAUGAAGCAGAGGAUGUCUUUGACAACUUUUAUGCCACUAGCAGCAGCAAAAAAGCAGGAAAGAAAAUGAAAGGUGCUAAUAUUCAUGAUGAGGACGAGCAAGAGCCAGUUGUGACAGAGACGACACAAGAAAACGAAAAUCUUCCUGAAGUUGAAGAAAAGAAAACGGAAUAUUCUGCAGAGGAUACUUCACAACAACAACCAGAGGACGAAGAAGAAGAAAAUGCAAAGAAAAAAAAGAAGGAGAAGAAAAAGAAGAAGCUCCAGAAAGGCGUUGUUUAUUUAGAUCGUGAGCAAAUAGAAAUGCUUCGAGAAAGCAUGGAACAAGCCAAAACAUCCUCAAAAAGCAAAAAAUCAAAAAGUAAGAAAAAGAAUAUUGACGACGAAGAAGAGGAAGAAGAAAAACCAAUCAAACAAAAAGGUACCAAGAAGCAACCAAUCAUUGAAAAUAUACAGCCAACAAACAAUGCCACAUCAAAAUCCAAACAACAGAAACAACAGGGUGUUUCAUCCUCGCUAGCGUCUCAGCAAACUACAUCCUCGUCAUCACCCCAAACUCUUCCUCAAUCAAGCACUGAAUCCUCUGAUAGCGUUGAUGUUGAUACUAAGAAUACCAAGCUAGCCUCAGAGGAGAAUGAAAUUGAGGAAGAAGCAGCGUUCGCCGAACGACACAACACCGACAGGAGAAGCUUCAUCAUCAACCACAACAGAUACCACUGA